CUGGACAUACGUGUUGAGAUAGUUAGAUCUAAUUACCUUUCAAGUUAAGCGAAGACGCAUAUUAUAUACGCUACACUGAAGAUGUGGAUGACUGGGUGUUAAAUGUGUGUUAUUUUUCAUGAUAUUGAGAUUUUCAAACAUUGUUUCGUUUAUUUGUGUGUUGAAAGGCAGACGAUAAUUUUAUAACUCGCGUGCUGAGCUGGAAUAUACGAUGACCGGAAGUGAUUGUGAAUUCGAUCCGGACGAGGAACCUGGACAAUGGAAGGCCGGUGCUGAUGAGGAAAGAGAGAAAAGGGGAGAUAAACCACCGAAAGGCAAGAAAGAGAAAAAGCCAAAGAAAACAAAGAAGGAAAGAGGAAACCCCGAUUUUGAUGAUAUAGAGGGCUAUGGAGGAAACGCUUUCCAUGCAGACAUGGAAGCGAAACCUCCUUCUGGCCCAUCUGGUCCUACAGGAGACCAACCGGAAAUGAAAUUUGCUGAUAUUCCUAAUUUGUCCGAAGAUGACUGCAAAAAGGCUUUUGAAAAGUUUGCCAAGGAUCAAUUUUGCUAUGGUACCAAACCAGCCAAAGAAUGCAAGAUUCUGUCAGCAAAGGGAGUCACUGCUCUACAUUAUAUAAUGGAGUCAUUUUCAGAAAACAGAUCAACCAAAAAGAAAAAGAUUCCUUACAAAGGUGGAAAAGUUGAUGGGCCUGACAAUGGCCCAGCACCUAAGGCAUGGGACAUUUCUGUCAAGCCGAAAUCUGAAUUUAAAGAUGAUAAGGUUAAGAAAGAGGUCCCGCAUACUGCUAAAGUAAAGAAAUGUAAAGAUUGUAAAGGGCGUGGCUGGGAGACAUGUGAUGACUGUGAUGGGUGGGGUAAAGUUGAAUGUGACUCUUGUGAUGGUAGUGGGCAGGCAGAAGAGGGUGCUUGUGCAUUUUGCUUUGGAGAUGGGCAAAGAAUGUGUUUGGAUUGCGGUGGUGAUGGACGUGUAACAUGCGAGGACUGUGAAGGAUACAGAAAACUGAAGUGUUUUAUCCAACUGAAAGUGAAAUUAACUAGUUUAUCCUUUCUCAUUAUCAAGAUCAAUAUAGCAUACACGAUUGUUUUACAGGUGUGGCCAAUUACUUCCUUCCCUGUCAAAGAGAUUAAUGAACAAUCUGCCAAGCUUGUCAACACCCACAGAACCAAAUGGCCUAAUGAGGUGAUACACAAACAACGUCAGACAUUACGUGGUGUGCCUGUCACAGAAUGUGAGUACGAGUGGGAAGAGUUUAAGUCACGUUUCUGGGUGUAUGGCUCCGAGCAGAAAAUCUACGCACCAGACUAUCCACAUCAAUGCUGUUGCGGCUGCUCAAUUAUAUAAAGAAGUACCUUGACAUUAUAUCAAAGUACCUUGAUAUUACGUUGGUGUAUGAUCACAUAGCUGGUUCAGUCAUUUUGGUCAUAUAUGAUGUGGUAAUGUG